UCGACUAGCUACGUUCGGUUCAUAUCCUUUGCAGAUGCCACAUUACUGACAAAAGUUUGUAUGCAUAAAAAAGAUAUGUAACCGAGUAAAGGGUGAGAGCGAUUUAACCACAUAACCAAAGAAUAUUACAAUACAUAAGGGUUUCACGCAUAUUUGUGAGGAUAUAUCACCGGAAGAAGAUGGGUAGCUGCCUUACAGUUGGACCAAAUGAAGCCGUGGUUGUCUCUGGUGCCUGUUGUGGCUCAGAUGAGAAGACCUACAUGGUGGGGGGCUGGGCCUGGGCCUGGUGGCUCAUCACUGACGUUCAAAGGAUUACACUGGAGAUUAUGACACUCCAACCCAAGUGUGAGGAUGUUGAGACUGCAGAGGGGGUCGCCAUCACUGUCACUGGGGUGGCACAGAUCAAAGUGAUGACAGAUCAUGAUCUUUUGGCAAUUGCUUGCGAGCAGUUUUUGGGCAAAUCAGUCCCCGAAAUCAAAGGAGUGGUUUUGCAAACCUUGGAAGGACAUUUACGCUCAAUUCUAGGCACACUGACAGUGGAGCAAAUCUACCAGGACAGGGACAAGUUUGCCCAGCUGGUGAGGGAGGUGGCAGCUCCCGAUGUGGGCAGGAUGGGCAUCGAGAUCCUCAGCUUCACUAUCAAGGAUGUCUAUGAUAAACUGGACUACCUGAGCUCCCUGGGGAAGACUCAGACAGCAGCAGUCCAGAGGGAUGCAGACAUCGGUGUGGCAGAGGCAGAAAGGGAUGCUGGGAUAAGAGAAGCGGAGUGCAAGAAGGAGAUGAUGGAUGUCAAGUUCCUGGCGGACACCAAGAUGGCCGACUCCAAACGAGAACUUGAACUGCAGAAGGCUGCUUUCAACCAAGAAGUCAACACCAAGAAAGCGGAAGCCCAACUGGCCUAUGAGCUGCAGGCAGCUAAAGAACAGCAGAAGAUCAGGCUGGAGGAGAUAGAGAUUGAGGUGGUUCAAAGGAAGAAACAGAUCACCAUUGAGGAGAAGGAGAUUGUCCGCACAGAGAAGGAGCUCAUCGCCAUGGUGAAGAGGCCUGCCGAGGCAGAGGCAUACAAGAUGCAGCAGCUGGCUGAGGGACAGAAGAUGAAGAAGGUUCUGACGGCCCAGGCGGAGGCAGAGAAGAUCCGGAGGAUAGGCGAGGCAGAGGCCGGCUCGAUAGAGGCUAUAGGGAAGGCUGAGGCUGAGAAGAUGAGGCUGAAGGCUGAGGCCUACCAGCAGUAUGGAGAGGCAGCCAAGACUGCUCUGGUCCUGGAGGCCCUGCCAAAGAUUGCAGCCAAGGUGGCGGCGCCGCUGGCCAGGACCAAUGAGAUAGUCAUACUGAGCGGGGAGGGUAACCGUGUGACUGGGGAAGUGAAUCGCCUCCUGGCUGAACUUCCUGUGUCCGUCAACGCCCUCACUGGAAUUGACCUAUCAAAGAUCCCACUACUGCAGAAGAUGACCUAUGCUCAGGCCUGAAAACAAUCUCUCCCUUCUACUUCCGAUAUCUGUUUUAUGCACUCUCAUAGACUGCCUUCAAUACACUUGAAAUUAUUAUUAUAUUUACACUACCAGUCAAAAGUUUGGACACACCUACUCAUUCAAGGGUUUUUC